ACUCUGAAGCAAACAGAAUCUCUCGAGAUUCACAACACAGGCCCAUGUGGAAUUAGGCCCAACUGCAUCAACCCACUUUCCAUCAUCAUCAUUUGACCAAUUUUUUUUUUAGGUUCCGCCAUUUAUGUGUACGAUUUUUUGUAGCCAUUUGUAUAAAUAUUCGUUCUAUAAUUUGUUCGACUCUCCAUGGAAUAAAAGCUGAAACACACUCAUUGGAUUUGGAAAGUUUUCCAGUUUUCACUUUCGUUGGAGAGAUUGAAGACGAGCCUUCUCUUAAAGAGUUUUGAAGUCGUUAAAGCUUCAACCUUUUUGCUAUGUGAGAAAGUUUGGUGCCUUUGAAAGACGAACAAGCGAAUCAGCACAAAAUCAAAUUCAGUUUUUAUUCAGAGCUUUCAAAUUCUUAACUUGGGUCAUGCGGAGAUUGGUUCAGACACGUCUUCUCGAGACAGGUACUCCGAGAACUGCUUUAAUCUUGUCUUGCUAUGGACGAGUCUUUUCUAGUGUCAGUGAUGGUAAAGGGAAAGUCUCUUAUAGAGAGAGAUUGAGAAGUGGGAUUGUUGAUAUUAAGAAAGAUGACGCUAUCGAUCUGUUUCAAGAAUUGAUUAGGUCUCGUCCUCUUCCUAGUCUUGUUGAUUUCAGUAGAUUGUUUAGUGCCGUUGCCAGAACAAAGCAAUAUGAUCUCGUUUUAGAUUUCUGCAAGCAAAUGGAAUUGAAUGGGAUUGCUCAUAACAUCUACACUCUGAAUAUUAUGAUCAAUUGUUUCUGUCGCUGUCGUAAACUUCACUUCGCUUUUUCCGUUAUGGGGAAGAUCUUGAAACUUGGGUAUGAGCCUAGCACUAUCACAUUUUCAACUUUGAUCAACGGAUUCUGUCUCAAGGGUCGAGUUCCUGAAGCUCUGGAGUUAGUUGAUCGAAUGGUGGAAAUGAAACUUAGACCCGAUCUCAUAAUGAUUAACACUCUGGUCAAUGGCCUUUGUCUCAAAGGUAAAGUCUAUGAAGCAGUGGUUUUCAUUGAUCGAAUGGUGGAAAGUGGUUGUCAACCCGAUGCAGUUACCUAUGGACCGGUUUUAAAUGUAAUGUGCAAAUCCGGGAAAACUGCCUUGGCCAUGGAGUUGCUCAGAAAGAUGGAAGAAAGAAAGAUCAAGCUCGAUGCAGUCAAAUAUAGUAUCAUCAUUGAUGGUCUUUGCAAAGAUGGAAACCUCGACGAUGCACUCAACCUUUUUAAUGAAAUGGAAAUGAAAGGGAUCAAAGCUGAUGUUUUUACCUACACCACUCUCAUAGGAGGUUUUUGUAAUGCCGGUAGAUGGAAUGAUGGUGCCAAGUUGCUGAGGGAUAUGAUCACAAGGAGAAUCACCCCUGACGUUGUCACUUUCAGUGUUUUGAUUGAUUGUUUUGUGAAAGAGGGAAAGCUUCGAGAGGCUGAAGAACUGCACAAGGAGAUGAUUCAACGAGGUUUAUCUCCUGAUACCAUUACAUAUAGUUCUUUGAUAGAUGGGUUUUGCAAGGAGAAUCGCCUAGAUGAGGCAAACCAGAUGCUGGAUCUGAUGGUUAGCAAAGGGUGUGAUCCUAAUAUCGUGACUUACAGUAUUCUCAUAAAUGGAUAUUGCAAGGCUAAGCGGGUUGACGAUGGUUUGGAACUCUUCCGCAAAAUGUCUUUGAGAGGAGUGGUUGCCAAUACAAUUGCUUACAACACACUUGUCCAAGGGUUUUGUCAGUCGGGAAAACUUAAUAUUGCCAAAGAACUCUUCCAAGAGAUGGUUUCUUGUGGUGUUCGUCCUGAUAUUGUCACUUACAAAAUUUUGCUGGAUGGGUUGUGUGACAAUGGGGAACCAGAAAAGGCGUUGGAAAUAUUUGAAAAAAUACAGAAGAGUGAGAUGGAGCUUGAUAUUGGUAUAUAUAACAUCAUCAUUCAUGGGAUGUGCAAUGCUAGUAAGGUGGAUGAUGCUUGGGAGUUAUUCUGUAGCAUCCCUCUCAAAGGAGUGAAGCAUGAUGUCAAGGCAUAUAACAUAAUGAUUUCAGGAUUAUGUUGGAAAGGCUCACUGUCUGAGGCAAAUAUGUUGUGUAGAAAAAUGGAAGAGGAAGGGUUUGUGCCAGAUAAUAGUACAUACAACACUCUAAUCCGAGCACAUCUCCGAAUCAGUGACGUAAUCACUUCAGCUGAACUUAUUGAAGAAAUGAAGAAGGGUGGGUUCUCUGCUGAUGCUUCCACUAUGAAGAUGGUUAUCGAUAUGUUAUCAGAUGGUAGAUUGGAGGAAAGCUUUCUGGAUAUGCUGUCUUGAGAAGGUCCAAGUAUGUGAGUUGUUAGUCUAGUCUAUAAUAUAAGCAUGUCAAUUGUUGGAAAUUUUGGGGCCAUAAAAGCAAGCUCACCACAGAAGUCUCUCUAUCAGUGAAAGCCACAACAGAAGAGUAGUUUAGCUAUGAACAAUCCCUGGGUGGCUAUCGGUUCUUGAGCAUAUUGGGAGAGUAGUCGUCAAAUGAAAGAGCUGCUCUAAAGCUAUAAGUUUUUCUUGUGAUGUAGUUGAACAUGUCGUAUUUAACUUUAGGACUUGUCUCAGGUUGUCUAUUAAAAACGUCCAUUGGGUUCCCUGUUGUAUUUUACUUUGCAUUUGGAGACAUAAUUAUACACACACAUGUGAAAUCCAUCUUGUCAAAAACUCCACCUUAUUUAGAAGGUUUCAUGAUCAUCAUCCAAUGAUGAAAACUGAAUGUGGAAUUUAAACUA